AUGUCAUCAAGAAGGCGGAAUCGAGAUAAUCCUCCUCACGUUCGGCUAUCAAAAUUGUUAUCCAAUAUCCUUCGUCACAGUGCACUAAAAGAAGGCAUUAAGAUUCGUGAUGAUGGAUAUGUUAAUGUGGAAGAAUUGAUGGGACACCCAAAGUUCGCUGGAAAGACUUUUAAAGAUAUUCAGUUUGUUGUCGAUAAUAAUGACAAACAACGAUUUACUUUAAUCCAAGAAAUACAGGACGGUGUCCCUGUAUGGCUGAUACGAGCAAAUCAGGGACAUUCCAUCGAGUCGAAAGGACUUUCCAAGAUGAAACGUAAUCACAUUCAUUGUGCGGCGGGAAGAUACGGUGAUCCAGGUGUUAAAAGCGGACGCUUCUUUCACACAACAAUACCGGCAUUAAAAAGGUCACCAAAAGAAAUAAAGAAGAGAAAUCUUGCCAAAAAGCUGGCUAGGUUAGAGGAAGAGAAAGAUUCGAUGUCGGAUCCUAUUGAAGGGAUUAAAACGGAAUUCACGAGCUCUUUACUUAGACCUUUGGAAGUUUACAAAGCAGCGACCAAUCUCGUUCUUCCUCAAUUCAACAACUAUUCAAUAGAUACAAGCGACGAAGAAGUGGUUUUUAAAAAAUUGCCGCGAAUCUUGAAAAGACAAAAGCAACAGCCGGAAGAUUCUGAAUUAGAAAGAGAGACGUCGAGAGAUCCCGAAUUGGAAAAAGAAAAGAUGUUGAAAGCCCUGAUCGGCUUGCACAAUUCCAAUUCACAUUCCAUCAUGACUUACAACAUCGGGAGGGCGGUAGCGGAGUUUGGGAGGCAUCCAAACGACACGGGAAGCGCGGAGGUUCAAGCCGCAAUAUGGACCGUACGAAUUCUAAACCUCAAUGAACAUAUUAAAGCUAAUCAUAAAGAUAAACAUAAUUAUCGUAAUUUACGUUCAAUGGUUCACAAGCGGCAAAAAAUUCUCAAGUAUCUGAAACAAGAGAGACAAAAUCCUUCUCAAGGAACGUUGCUGAGGGCGACACAAUUUUUGGCAGGUGCGGGAAACUUCGAAUAUUUACCUUCAAUUUCCCACAUAGAAGGUUUGAACAAUAACCUUUACAUCCAAACAGAUGAGCUCCCGAUUCGCCUCGCACACAGGGUCAAAGAAUUGGACGAAUUACCUCAUAAUUUGAGUGAGAUGCCAUCGAUAAUUAAAGUCAAAAACUGGUAUGCCCAGUCCUUUGAGGAGCUUGUAUCGCUCGAAAAACCCGAGUUUUCACCUGGCGUAAGGGAAAAGCUUUCGGGAGACUCUGUGGAAAUUGCAAAGCUACCCGAAAGUGAGCCUAAUUUGGCGGUCAGUCAAAAGCCAGGAACACCUCGACCAUCGGUUCCUCUCCAUCACAGGUAUUAUGCAAACGUCGAAGACAUGAAUUGGCCACCCGAAGUUCGCGUUUAUAACGAGAGAUUUACGAAAUUAAUUGAAAAUAUUAAGAAGCGACAUGAUCCGGUUGUAACCACAGUGGGUAAGGAGACGCCGUUUCAACAGGCAUUUCAACUUUACGGAAUCCGCGAAUACAAGCAGAAUAAGUCAUCGGAGUUGAUAGAUACCGACAUUCAAGCAUUCUUGGACCGUUUUUACAUGUCGCGUAUUGGUAUUCGCAUGCUUAUCGGUCAGCAUGUCGCGCUGAAUCGGUUCCCCUCGUUGCAAGAUUAUGUUGGCAUCAUUUGCACGAAAACGAACAUCGCCCAAACUGUUCAGGAAGCGGCAGAAAAUGCUAAAAACAUAUGUGAAGACUAUUAUGGUCUUUUCCGUGCGCCCGAAAUUCAACUACAUUGCCCCGACGAUUUAAUAUUCACUUACGUACCAUCACAUUUGAGUCACAUGUUGUUCGAGUUGUUAAAGAACAGCUUGCGUGCUAUCGUUGAAUUCUUUGGCAGUGAGGUUGAUGCACAUCCUCCGAUCAAGGUGAUUGUCGCCGAGGGAAAAGAGGAUAUUACGAUUAAAAUAUCUGAUGAAGGCGGUGGAAUUCCACGAAAGAACAUUCCCCUCGUAUGGACAUACAUGUAUACGACAGCCGAAGCAAAAAAGUUGGAUCCAGAGUUUGACCAACCAUACUUCAGAGCGCCUAUGGCCGGUUUCGGUUACGGACUACCCAUCAGUAGACUGUACGCGAGAUACUUUGGUGGCGAUUUGAAGCUAAUUUCGAUGGAGGG